AUUCUGUUGCACAAUGCAUGUGAGAAAACCAUGAUGCACAAGUCCUCAUUAGCAAACUGAGCACAUAAUGGUUAGCCCAAAGGAAUGUUUCAAACAGCUUUCCGCGACUGGCAGGGUUGAUAUUGUGUCAGCACGUGACUAAGCAGAGCCUGAAACUUGAGAUGGCUCCUCCCCUCGUUUCCUAAUUUUCUUUUCCUCAACCUAGAAUGCAGACUGUUCAAAUCUCUCUAGCUUUCUGAUCUGGGAUUCUGUACAGCUGUCCAAAAAUGGCUGUACGUUUGUUUGAGGGUAAAGAACAUGCAGCCUCAUACUGGAAGUACCGAAUUUCUCCUUCUGAAGAGCUCAUCGGCAAGGUUCUACAAUUCCACAAGAGUAAUAGAGAGUCAUCCAAUAACCUGGCAGUAGAUGUUGGUUGUGGGUCAGGGCAGGGAACAUUGCUCUUAGCGCCACAUUUUACUCAUGUGGUGGGAACAGACAUAAGUCCAGCUCAACUGGAGAUGGCGAGGAAACAUGUCAACAUUCCAAAUGUCUCUUACAGGGAGAGUCCAGCUGAAGAACUGCCUUUUGAAGAUGGCUCUGUAGAGCUUGUGACGGCCAUGUCUGCAUUCCACUGGUUUGACCAUUCGCGUUUUCUUCAGGAGGCUCACAGAGUGCUUAAGCCUCAUGGCUGCCUCGCACUUCUCAACUAUACCAUGGAUAUGGAGCUGAGCUAUGGAGACUGCUCAGAGACUUUAAACCACAUCUGUAAUGAGUUUUAUGCAGCCCUACAGCCUUUCCGGAACCCUUACCUGGGUUCCAGCUCCCUCGAACUUUACAAGAAAACCUACGACUCUCUCCAGUACCCAGUCAAAGAAUGGCAUGAAGAUUUUUGGGUGAGGAAGACUGUACCUCUCUCUAGCUAUAUCGGCAUGGUGGAGUCUUUCUCCGCUUUCCAGGCACUAUUAAAAAAAGAUCCAGAAGAGGCCAGACGGCUCUCACAGGACAUUGAAAAAAGACUGUUGUGUGCAAUGGACGUGACAUCCUCGGAGACAGAAGUUAUCAUGGGAAUCAAAUACUUCUAUUGUCUAGCCUGCAAGCCAGCAGAAGACUGAUAUUCUUUAAAUCUUCAUUUAAAUGAUUAGUAUGAUUAGUAUUAUUCAAAAAUAUUCCUAAUGUGAUCAAUUAACUGCUUAUUUAAUUACUAAUUUAAUUGGAAGCAUCAAGUUUCAUUACCAAUAACAAGUAAUGGUAACGCUACUUAAAGCCUUUAUGUAUAAUGCAUUAUAAAGGUAUUCAUAAUGUAUGCUAUAAUGCAUUAAAUCUUUUCAUAAGUAAUUGUAACCAAGUUAAAAUGCAUUAUAAUAUUUGCAGAUUCCUUGUUACAUGUAAAAUAGAUUGUUUGUCAUGUGUUUUAAUGAGUUACACUUUCUAAAGGUGUAAUAAUGAAUAGAUCAGCAUUAUAAACUGUGGUUACAAUUGUUCAUGAGACCAUACAAUGCAUUAUGAGGUGCAUUACAAGGCAUAAUUAAUGCAUUUCUUAACAGUUUCAGUACACGUGGGAUCUUAAUCAUUAGUUUCAAAAUUAGUUCAAAAUUUCAAAAAGUAGUUUUUACAAAUAUUGUUUUGUUAAUCUUGAUUUUUGAAAUGUAAUUUAAUAAAAAUCUAAUACAAGAAUAAGAUUUGUAUUCAGGUCAUUGUCUUUAUGAAUUGUAUAUUUCAUGUGUUUUUGAAUAAAUUACUAAACCAAGACAAAAAUCGUCCAGUGUACAAGGUGUAUUUGAAAGAGCAUCCACUAGGGUGCAGUGUUGACUUAAUCACAUGCAAAAGUAGGCUACCUAAGAGAGAAGCAUGUCUACCCAACGUUGUCCAUCUGUACAGCUGCCUGUGACGACACGAAAUAGCAAUUCCACGUCUCCUACACUGUUGACAUCGAAUACACAGUGCAUCGCUUCCGGGUUCUACGUCAGAACGCCAUCUCAGUAUUGGCCGACGCUUUACACAUGAGCCGGUGUUCUGACAUGACAUGAGGCACUGCCUGUUGUGGAGAUGAGAGCCGGGGGGAGGUUUCUUUACCCUCUGUGUGAUUAACCUCAGUGCUGAGCGGGCCAUAUGGAUUACUGGGAAGGAAAUGGAGGUCAUGGCAUCACACACAUGCAGAAUGCUGCUGGUUGUGGCUGAAAGCAGUGGUUUAAAUACAUGCUUUUUUACAGUGGUUCAGUGCUCUGGACAGUAAAGUGGGAGUUUUUGAAAAAUAUCUGAAAGUUUUACCCCCUUUCAA